AUGCUGAAUAAGACAUCAAUUACAGAAUUCGUUCUUCUGGGAUUCACAGAUGACCCAGAGUUACAGGCUGUGAUAUUCGUCUUCAUGCUGCUCACCUACUUAUUAAGUGUAGGGGGGAACAUGACCAUCAUCCUGCUAACACUAUCCAGCGUUUGCUUCAGGACUCCCAUGUAUUUCUUCCUCAGGAAUUUCUCUUUCUUAGAAAUUUCAUUCACAACAGUCUGUAUUCCUAGGUUUCUGGUCAGCAUUGCUACAGGAGACAGAACCAUUUCCUACAAUGCUUGCAUGACACAGAUAUUCUUUGAAAUCCUUCUUGGUGCCACAGAGUUUUUCCUUCUGGCUGUAAUGUCCUAUGACCGCUAUGUGGCUAUCUGCAAACCUCUACAUUACAUCACUAUCAUGAGCAACAGAGUCUGCAGCCAGCUUGUAAUCAGCUCCUGGCUGGCUGGUUUCCUUGUUAUCUUUCCCCCGGUGAUUAUGGGGCUCCAACUGGAUUUCUGUGACUCCAACAUUAUCGACCACUUUGCCUGUGACUCCUCCGCUGUCCUGUUGCUUGCCUGCACAGACACAAAGUUUCUAGAGCUCAUGGCAUUUCUCUUAGCAGUAUUCACACUCAUAGUAACUUUGGCCUUGGUGAUUCUCUCUUACACACUCAUCCUGAGAACAGUUCUGAAGAUCCCCUCAGCCCAGCAAAGGAAAAAGGCCUUUUCCACCUGUUCCUCCCAUAUGAUUGUGGUUUCCAUUUCUUACGGGAGUUGCAUUUUCAUGUAUGUAAAGACAUCUGCACAGGAAGGUGUGGCUUUGAACAAAGGUGUAGCGGUACUUAACACCUCUGUGGCUCCCAUGCUGAAUCCCUUUAUUUACACUUUAAGGAACCAGCAGGUGAAACAAGCUCUUAAGGACUUCACCAAAAAAGUGUUCUCAGACAAGCACUCAUCUUCAUGA